AAUAAAAGGUUGAGUUGUCUCCCCUGUCGUUUCUAGCGGUCGUUACCGACCUGUCUAACGCUGGACGGAGAUUCUACCAAGAUACAUGAAGAAAUAAAACGCUUCAACUAUCCACCACCGGUGUUUUUUGGACAGAGAUGGUCUCGCGGGGAAUAACCGAUUUGUGAAGUUAUGGCGCUCGGGCACGGCUCCAGAAAGUCGCGUUCCUGUGAUAUGGAGGUACCACCAGCUCCUGUGGACCUGCAAUUGGAAAGGGUGGGGCCCAGUAACGAGGCCUCUGUGACGUCCUCUAAGACAUUGAGACGACCCUGCAGGUGUCUCCUAGCCUUCCUUAUCAUCGUCACCACCAUCAUCCUCUCUGUAGGAGCCACUCUGGCCUGGUACUUCCUGGAGUACAGGGUGUGGGUACUGGAGCCCAGGAUCCAGCAGCAGUAUACUGCUAGACUCUCUAUCCUCAACAGGAACUACUCCUCUGGUCUCUCCUCUCACACCAGCCCAGCCUUCACAGCCCAGGCCAAGGAAGUACAGGAUAUGGUGAGAAGGAUAGUGAAGAGCUCAGAUCUAUAUCGCUACUUCAACUCCACCAAAGUCUUUGCCUUUGCGGAGGGAAGUGUGGUGGCACACUUCUGGCUGGUCCUGUCAGUCCCCGGCAGCCAUGUUGGUAAGGUCACUAUGGAGAGAGUCAACAGCAGCCUACAGAGUCUACUAGGGUCCUACAGAGGGAGCGACAGAGAGGAGACUGCUAACUAUGGAGAAUAUCUAUUGCAUCUUCCCUCUUUCUCUAUCACAGAAACAGACCCCAAAGUUGUAGAACUUUUGAAAGCUUCAUUUGACUGCUACAGGUACCAGGUGGUCAGCUCCAGCACAGCAGUGGCUAUGAGGGGACCUGACACCCAGCGCUUGUCCUGCCUUUGGCACCUCAGGGCCCCGCAAGGCUCCAGCACCCAGGGUUUCAGACUGGAGCUGAGGAUGGAGUGGCUGCUACCAGAGUGUAGAGAUAGACUGGCUGUCUAUGAUGGUUUAACGCCUACCGAUACUCACCUCAUCACCUCUCUGUAUGGCUGCAGCAGACAGGAGCGUGUUGUUCAUGUGUUGUCAUCAGGAGAGUGGAUGACAGUGGUCUGGAAACAGGGCCUCUACAACUAUAAAGACCCCUUCUCUCUGUCGGCUCAGGUCUGGACCACUGAAGUGUGUUCCACCACCAUAGAGCUGCAGCCAGUAUCAGGGGUACAGGGUAGCCUACGUACCCCCUUCUAUCCCAGCUACUACCCACCUGACACCAACUGUACCUGGACAUUCACUGUGCCCUCUGCAGACUAUGGACUAUCUCUGGAGUUUGAAGGUUAUGAGCUGAGCAGGGCCAACUAUAACCAGGCCUGUACACAGGGACAGUGGAUGGUACAGAACCGCAGGUUCUGUGGGACGAGAGGUCUCCAGCCGUACGCUGAGCGCCUCUACCUCCUCUCCACGGCAACCAGCGUUGUCAUGACAUCCGAGGUGUCAAUCACAGGGCCUGGACUCCAGGUCCACUACAGUCUCUUCAACCAAUCAGAUCCCUGUCCUGGUCAGUUCCUGUGUACACUAAAUGGCCUGUGUGUUGCUGCCUGUGACGGCAUCAAAGACUGCCCCAACGGACUGGACGAGAGGAACUGUGUGUGUAUUGCCCAAUACCAGUGUCCAGAGGACAGUCAGUGUGUGGACUACUACAAGGUGUGUGACCAGCACCCAGACUGCCUUGAGGCCAUGGAUGAAGAGAACUGCACAGAGGGUGUGCAGUGUACAGACAUGACGUAUGUGUGUGCUGACGGGACGUGUCUGAAGAAGCCUAACCCAGAGUGUGACUUCAUCGCCGACUGUCCUGAUGCAUCCGAUGAAAGACACUGCAACUGUGGGCUGAGGCAGUUCUCCAGUCGUGUUGUGGGAGGAGUCAACGCGACUGAGGGGGAGUGGCCAUGGCAGGUCAGCCUUCAGAUCGGUGGACGACAUGUCUGUGGGGGGGCGCUGGUCUCCAACCAAUGGGUGGUCUCCGCUGCCCACUGUUUCUAUGACGACCGUCUCUCUCCCAGAGCGUGGACGGUCUACCUAGGUAAGCUCCUAUUGAACCGCAGCAGUCAGAUGGAGGAGGCCAUUCGGGUGCAACAGAUCCUCCUGCACCAGUACUACGAUGACGAGACACACGAUUAUGACUUGGCUUUGCUGCGACUGGAGAGACCUGUGGCUCCAGGGACCCUGGCCCAGCCCGCCUGCCUGCCAUCACCUACACACCAGCACGAACCUGAGCUACUCUGUUGGGUCACGGGUUGGGGGGCGCUACGUGAAGGAGGCAGUCCCAGUAACGUGCUGCAGAAGGUGGAUGUGCGUCUGGUGAGCGAGGAUGCCUGCUUCCGUUCCUACGGUUACAUGGUCACUCCCAGGAUGUUGUGCGCCGGCUACCGCAGCGGAGAGAAGGACGCCUGUCAGGGUGACUCGGGCGGUCCGUUGGUCUGCCAGGAGAGCUCGGGUCGUUGGUUCCUAGCGGGCGUGGUCAGCUGGGGAAAGGGGUGUGGCCGGGCCGACUACUACGGCGUCUACACCCGCAUCACCAAACUCACCGGCUGGAUCAAAGAACACAUCUCUGGACCUGGCUGAUCUUCAUCAUCCUCAUCAUCAUCAUCAUCCCAAACAUUGUUAUCAUGUAGUAAUUGUUGUGAUCUAUUCUCUGUGUCAGUCCUCAGUAUAUUUAGGCGUCAGUCAGGGUUUUAACAGUGUCAUUGACCUUCUGGCAGUCUGGCACCUAAUUUCAUUAACCUACAAGCAGACUUUCUGGCUCCACUGGGCAAAUACACACUCUGUAGCAUUGGGUUCUACAUCCAACACUGCCGCUUAGUGGAAGCUGUUAGAAUUACAACAUAAUUAAGUACUACCAUACCAACCCACUGCUUUUUUUCAUUCUUCCCCUCUAAUCAGGGACUGAUUUAGACCUUGUACACAAGGUGUGUGCAAUUCAUUUUCAGGUAGAACAUAAAACCAGCAGUACUCUGUACCUCGUUGGGUAAGAUUUGAAUACAUCUGCAAUCAGCCUUU